AUGUUCAAACGACUGGCUUGCUUACAAGGCCGUCAGCGCAAUGGCGCCGGCGAGGACUGGUCUACAUUUCCUAUUCGGCAAUUAUUUGUUUUAGCUCUCGUCCGCAUCUGCGAGCCCAUUGCUUUCAUGUCGAUUUUUCCAUACGUGUACCACAUGGUUGAAUCGUUCCAUGUCACGGAUAACGACCAGAAGAUCGCGCUUUACGCCGGCAUGAUCACAUCGUCUUUCACGUUCGCCGAGUUCUCAGCGGGUAUGUUCUGGGGUCGCAUGAGUGACCGAAUCGGCCGCAAGCCCGUGCUCAUCAUGGGCCUGAUUGGAACGGCCCUCAGCAUGGUGGCCUUUGGAUUUGCGCCCAAUCUGGCCACCGCGAUGAUUGCGCGCGCCUUGGGCGGCCUACUGAACGGAAACAUCGGGGUACUUCAGACAACCGUGGCGGAGAUUGUGACGGUUAAGGAGCACCAGCCGCGAGCCUACUCGAUCAUGCCUUUCGUGUGGUGCCUGGGAUCGAUCAUUGGACCGGCUAUGGGCGGUGCUUUGGCCCAACCGUGCGACAACUACCCGUGGCUAUUCCAGCGUAACACCCUCUUCGACCGCUUCCCGUUCCUGCUGCCCAACCUGGUGUGCAUCGUGGUGCUCCUGUGCGGCAUCGUGGUCGGAACCCUGUUUCUGGAGGAGACGCACCCGGAGAUGAAGCAUCGCCGUGACCACGGCCGUGAGCUGGGCCACUGGCUCAUCAGCCUGUGCUGGGGCUCGCGCGUGCAACUUCCGGACGAGUCCGAUGUGGUCGACGAGAAGUACUUCUACGGCGAUAUGCCCCCCGAGUACGAAAGCGCCGGAUCAUCGCCUUGCCUCGGGUCUGUGGGUGACGUAGGGUCAACGGAGUGCGACCUGGAGGGUCAGAAAUCCCCCGCGCCCAAAGCAUUCACUCGCCAGGUUAUCUUCACCAUUGUUGCUUACGGCAUUUUGGCCUAUCAUAGCGUGUCCUUCGAUCAGCUGAUGCCCGUCUUCUUGAGUACCCCGAAGUCCGACGACGCUGUCGUCCUUCCACUCAAGUUCACUGGAGGUCUCGGUCUCCCGACCAAGACCAUUGGUUUCAUGCUGGCCGUCCAGGGCGUCUACUCCAUGAUUGCCCAGCUAUGGCUAUUCCCCUUCGUCGUCAAGCACUUCGGUACCCUACGCACAUUCCGCUUCGUGCUGCUCGCCUGGCCUCCGCUCUACCUGGCGGUGCCCUAUCUUAUUCUCCUACCGGCUAAACUCCAGAUGCCGGCCGUAUACGUUGCCCUGAUCAGCAAGAUUACCUUCCACGUUAUCGCCUUCCCCGCCACCGCUAUCUUGCUUGCCAACGCCGCCCCCUCCUCCAAGGUUCUCGGUGCUAUCAACGGUGCUGCCGCGUCUACCGCAAGUCUGAGCCGGGCGUUCGGUCCCACCGUCACUGGCCUGUUACACUCCAAGGGUUUGGAAAGUGGCCACUCCGUUCUUGCCUGGUGGGCCUGUGGCCUUGUCUGCGUCAUCGGUGCCAUCCAAAGUUUCUGGAUGGAGGAAGCCUCCGAGCCCGAGCGUUUCAAGACCGAAGUCAGUGAGGCGGAGAUGAAGCGUGAAGCCAUGUCAGAUGAGUACACUGCCCAAGACUUCGACAUGGAGGAGGAGGAGCAGCGUCUCCUCUCCUUGCGGUCUAGCAUUGACCACGAAUUCGACAUUACAAACCUGAACAUGAAUGCCACAUUCGACUGUGCUCCCGACAGCACUACAGCUGAUUCCCGCGUUUGA